AUGGCAACCAAGCGUGCGAGGAAAGAUUCUAAUAAUUUUAAUGAUAAGCGUACGCAGGGGUUCCGCGCAGGAGGGGCACUUGCGCUGCUAAUGAGCUCCGCGCGCAGUGCUGAGCCGCCUAACAGAAACACAGAUAAGACGAUGGACGAGCAGGCGGUGAGCUGCUACUACUGCACAGAGCGACUGGCAUGCCGCGAAUGCGAGGUAUGCGAGUACAGUGUCUGCAACGUGUGUUCCGUGUGCUCGGAGCGCUGCCUCAACUGUCGCUAG